AUGCCCGGGACAUGGCCGGCUUAUGGUGUCCGCGUCAUGGUGCCCGGCUCAUGGUGCCCAGCUCAUGGUGCCCGGCUCAUGGGGGCCGGCUCAUGGUGCCCGGCUCAUGGUGCCCGGCUCAUGGUGCCCGAGUCAUGGUGCCCGGGCCAUGGUGCCCAGGUCAUGGUGACUGGCUCAUGGUGCUGGAUUCAUGGUCACCGGGCAUGGUGCCUGGAACAUCACAUGUUGCCCGGCUCAUGGUGCCCAGCUCAUGGUGACCGGCUCAUGGUGCCCAGGACAUGGUGCUCGACUGAUGGUGCCCGGGUCAUGGUGCCCGGCUCAUGGUGCCGUGUUCGUGGUGACCAGUUCAUGGUGCCCGGGUCAUGGUGCCCGGGUCAUGGUGACCGGCCCAUGGCCCGGCUAAUGGUGCCCGGGUCAUGGUGCCCGGCUCAUGGUGCCCGGCUCAUGGUGCCCGGCUCAUGGUGUCCGGCUCAUGGUGACCGGGUGAUGGUGGCCGGGUCAUGGUGCCCGGCUCAUGGUGUCGUGUUCGUGGUGACCAGUUCAUGA